UGCGAAUGUUUGGAUGUUUGAUAAAGAAAAUUAGAUGACACUUGAAGGUCAUUUGUAUCUUUUCAAAUGCCACUUGUCAAGAUCCUCAAGAUCCGUCUACUCUAUUUCCUUCACCAUCAGCAACCCUUUUAAUCCUAAAACUUGUAUCAGAGCCUCUUCUGCUCCUCUCCCUCUAACUCCCCGUCAAGACCACCACCCGGAACCAUCAUUCGAUUUUCUAAAGCCGCUUUCUUCUCUCCUCAAAACCACCGGUCUCGUUCUCACACUCACCGCUGCCGCUUUCUUCUUCAACCGCUUCAGCAAACCCUCAUUCGCCGCUCCCACCACCUCACCCACCGACGUAUCCACCGAAGCCGUCUCCGAUGAAGAGAAAGAGCGUACCAUCGAAGAGUAUCUGGACUCCCAUCCUGAUGAUGUCAAAGCCCUCAGGUCCCUUAUGGAUGUCAAGAUCAAAGCUCGCAAGCUUCAAGAAGCGAUCGCCAUCAUCUAUCGACUUAUCCAAAUUGAACCCUCCGAAAAAGAAUGGCCUUUACUGAAAGCCCACCUUCAGAAUUACAGUGGAGAUGUCGAAUUGGCGAAAUUAGGCUUCGAAGAGAUUCUAUCCAAUGACCCUCUUUUUGUUGAAGCUUACCAUGGUCUUGUAAUGGCAACGUCACAGUCAGAGUCUGAUGAAUUGGGAGCUGUAUUGAAGAGGAUUGAGAACGCUAUGGAGAGGUGCAAGAAGGAGAAGAAGAAAGAGGGUUUGAGGGAUUUUAAGUUGUUGGUCGCGCAGGUUAGGGCUAUUGAGGGGAAUUAUGUGGAUGCAUUGAAGGUUUAUCAGGAGCUUGUUAAGGAGGAACCCAGGGAUUUUCGGCCGUAUCUCUGUCAGGGCAUUAUCUAUACUUUAUUGAGAAAGAAAGACGAGUCAGAGAAACAGUUUCGGAUGUAUCGGCGACUCGUCCCGAAGGAGCACCCUUAUGUUAGGUAUUUUGAUGAUAAUAUGUUUGCAACAAAGGUGCUCUCGCAAAUGGCGGAAAGUCAGAGAGUGGGCUCUAAGAGCUGAUAAAUGUGCAGUAACUCUCCAAAUUUUUUAGUAAGCGGAAAGGGAUUCGGCCUUUGCAAAUGGUUCCUUAAACUUCUGAUGGUAGGCCAGCGGAGGUACUAUGGUAAGAGUUACGAAUAGAGGCGACCCUUGAGAAGAUUUUUACUAAUUACUGGACAUGGAUGAUGGAUGUGAACGUAACCUAGAGAUGCUGCUGAAAAACAGGUUAGCAUGUCAAGUGUAUACCUCGUCUCUUAGAAAUCAUGUUAGUGGAAGUAAAUGUUGAAAGAUUGCCAUUGCAUGUGUACAAGGCUGUAAGUAUAGAGGUUUAUGCAGAUGAUAUUAUCAUAAUGUGAAAUUUGUCUCCUACUUAUAAAAGGGAGCAAUUUAGUUAUGGAAGGCUGAUAUGGGAAAUAGGGGCUGCUCUGAUCAUGUUAUACUGCUAUCUGUUGGAACAAUUUUGUUUUUUUUUUUUAAAGGUUCAGCUCGGAAUAAGUACAAAUACAAAUAUGUAGAGUAAAAAACCUUGUAUUUUGUAUUCAUUUGUACUCUUCAAACUAAGCAUAAGGCUGUAUUUGGAUGCGAAGUAAAUCAAGAACCGAUGUAAAAUUUACAUCGGUUCGCUUUUGCACA